CAAUAAAGAGAUUCUUGAUUCAGCAAAUAAGAUUUCAGUGUUUCUGCUCCUACCUCUUACACGAGAAUUAUAUCAAGAUUACAUUACAUGGAACAUGACACAUAAAUUAAACUUUCUCUGAAGUUGUCCCUACAAAUUGCUGCAUUAUUAACUGACAAGAAUCUCCUGAAACAUAGAAGCAGAAAAAAAGAAUCAAGCAAAUAAGCAUUGUGAAAAAGAAGAAAUUAAAACUUAAGAACAAAACAAAAAGGGAAAUCCACACUAAAUCAUGUUCCAACUUAUUUGCAUGUGUAUGCAUGUCGAAGUAGGAGAGAAAAAACGUGUGAGAUUUUGUAAGAUUCAAAAUGUUUAGAGCCCUUUUCGUUCUGUAUUGGGCUAAAUGUGACAGAAUCAAACUGGAUUCAGUUUGUCUGAGCUACCUAAAAAGAACAAAAAAGCUUGAGGUCCGAGAUGGAGAAAAAAAUAAGAUGGAAAAGGGAGGCAAAUUUUAACAAAAACUUAUGAAGAAUUUUUUGAAUGAGUUAAGGUCUCUCUUCACAUGCCAAAAAAUGGUAGGAUAUCUCAGCGGCAUUCGGACGAGAAGGAGACAACAGUGGCACGUUUGGGCGUGGCAACGGAGACAGAAUAUCAAAGAGGAAUGAGAUUAUCUCAUUUUAACCUGUGGGACUUUGAAUCUCAUCAUGGUUUAGAUUUAAAAAUUUUGUGUAGGGUUUAUAAUAAAAAAAGUUAUUUCUCAACUCCAUUCUUUUCUUUUGCCCUUUGCGAUGCUUUUAAAAUAAUGAAACAGUUGUUGUCAACUUUUGAUAUUGCAAAUCAUUGCUUAAUUAAACCAUUCACAUGGCU